AGGGGAAACCUACACCUUGUAAUCAAUCCUGAGAGACCAGAAAGGUCUGGUUUUUCCAGGUUAAGGUUUUCUGUCACCUUACCUUGAGAAUCAGGAUAUGAACUAUGCAUGCAACCUGAAAAUUGCUUGAUGAUGCUUUUCUAGUUAAUUACCAUUUUGAUUUGAUUGAUCGUAGCACAAACAUUUACGGAUUAAUUGGUCGUAUGUGUCGAUCGAUCCAGCUUCAUGGUAUUCGUAUUUGAAAAGGUUGAUUGUCCGCGUUCGUACAACAAAUAGGGAACGUUAAGAACACGAUGAUCAUGAGUUGUUUUACGUGUUUCGCUUCAGAAGGAAAAAUCCAUCAAAAGUCAUUGAAGAAGAGCAUUCAAGAAUACAGGAAGACGAAAUCCUUAGCCUCUUUCGGAGAUCUUUCAUGCAAAACUAAUAGCAGCAGGACGAGGUACAUAUCUAGAGAACUACAAAAACUCGGAAAGUGCAACAUUUCAGCUGAAGUUUUCACGUACCGGGAGCUGGCUGCCGCGACUCAGAACUUCAACCCUGAGAACCUGAUAGGCGAAGGCGGCUUCGGGAGGGUGUACAAAGGCUACAUUCCACGGAAAAAUAUCGAUGUUGCCGUGAAGCAGCUUGACAGAAAUGGUUUCCAAGGGAACAAAGAGUUCCUCGUUGAAGUUCUGGUUCUGAGCCUUCUCCACCACCCCAAUCUUGUAAAUUUAGUGGGAUAUUGUGCGGAAGGCCAACACAGAAUUUUAGUGUACGAGUACAUGCCCAAUGGCUCCUUGGAAGAUCACCUUUUAAAUAUAGGCCCGGAUGAUGAGCCCCUCGAUUGGAAUACGAGGAUGAAAAUUGCAAAAGGAGCAGCAAGGGGCCUGGAGUACUUACACGAAUCAUCUGAACCCCCAGUUAUUUACCGUGAUUUUAAGGCAUCAAACAUACUUUUAGACGCGGACUUCAACCCCAAACUCUCUGAUUUCGGCCUUGCCAAGCUCGGUCCUGUGAAUGGAAAACCCCAUGUUUCCACCAGGGUGAUGGGGACCUAUGGCUACUGUGCGCCCGAGUACGCAUCUACAGGCCACUUGACUACCAAGUCCGACGUGUAUAGUUUUGGAGUUGUCUUUCUGGAGAUGAUCACGGGAAGAAGAGUCAUCGACAAUACAAAACCGGCUGAGGAAAAAAACCUAAUUACUUGGGCAGAGCCGUUGUUAAGAGACAAGAAAAAGUUCCACCAGAUGGCGGAUCCGUUGCUGGAAGGGAACUAUCCUGAAAAGGCACUUUACCAAUCCCUUGCAAUUGCGGCAAUGUGUCUUCAAGAAGAGGCCACCACUCGCCCCUGGAUAGGCGACGUUGUAAGUGCACUAGAAUAUCUAUCCAUGGACAGAUGCCAACCGGAGGUUUCAGAGGAAGACGACGACCAUAGUGACGAUGAUCAGGAUGAGGACGAUGAUGACGACGACCACCACGACAACAAUCAUGAUCAAUAAUUAAUCUCCACCAAAGGCUGUCUCUCUAGGAAAAAUUUUAGGACAAUACCAAAUGUCAUGUAUCUUACAGUUCAUCAAAAAAAGAAUAUCGUGCUCUAACAAGAAAUAAACUAUGUAAUUGAUAUUAUGAACAAUAUUCAUAGUCGAUCAAUAAGUCGGAAUUUCUUGAUAACAUUUACAUAAAUAUGACAAAAUCAGUCGAAAUGUACAUAUAUCGUAGUUGGUAGCAACACUUAGGAUAUGUAUGCUACCUCGUACAUUAAGCAUUUUUCGUCCUGCACGAAGCAGAACUUAUUGUAUUAAUAUGAACAAUCAUAUGGUUCUUAAUUAUUUGAUCU